GUUUUUCACGAAGGAAAACAGCGUGGAUCAUUUUCUAGACGUUAUCUCGUACGCCGGUCCCACCAUGUUCUAUCUACUCAGAUAUUUAUCCUUGUUUAUUAAUACCGAUAAAUUUAAAAAUUGUUUCGAACAAGUGCGAAUGAAUUUGGAUUCCUUGAAGGAUGACGAGGAGUUUCAGAUCUUUCACCGACACGCCGUAAUCGGAAAAUUCGGCACGAUCUUUUCGAUGAUAUUUGUGUACACGUCGUUGGCGAUAUUCACGCUGACGUUUUUCUCCCCGCACAUUCUUGAUAUUGUGAUUCCGUUGAACGAAUCGCGCGAGCGGUGGCACUUUCCAGAUUCGUUGGAAUAUUUCAUCGAUCAGGAGAAGCAUCUCUAUUUGCUGGCGGGGUAUCUGUUUCUGGUAGCCUUGGUUGGCAUGAACACAGCCCUGGCCACGGAAACGGCUUCAAUGGCAUACGUGCAACACAUCUGCGCGAUGUUCUCCAUCACUAGCUAUCGGAUUGAACGUAUUGUGAACAGAAACCAGAUGAGAUUGAAGGAUUCUUUGAGGAAGUUCGAGAAUUACGCGGACAUCGCGGAGAUCGUCGAUAGUCACCAAAGAGCCAUUAAGUGUGUUCACAUGUGUAACUCCAUUCUCGGGAUCUGCUUUCUGCUUAUAAUCAUCGUAGGCGUGAUAUCGCUGAGCGUCAAUCUAUUUCGAUUUUGCAACAACAUUAUGACCUCGUCGGACAACCUCACCGUCGCGAGCAUGUUAUUUCUGUACAUUCUCUCCCACUUCGUCUUCAUGUUUCUCGGCAACUACUUCGGCCAGGAGGUAAUAAAUUACAGCGACGACGUGUUUAAGAAAAUAUGGAGCACUCGAUGGUACGCGACUCCGUUGCAAAUGCAGAAGUGCCUUCUGGUGAUAAUGCACCGAAGUAUGAAGAGUUCCACAUUGGUGAUCGGCUGUAUGUUCAUACUGUCUUUGGAGGGUUUGGCCACGCUCAUCAGCACGUCGUUGUCAUACUUUAUGAUGAUUUAUUCUGUGCGUCAAACCUAA